UCAAAUAGUAUUGCCAUUCAGUAUCUGACACAUAAAGCGAUAAGAAUUCGCAAUAAAAGCCCCUUCUAAUUUAACUUGUCACUCCAAAACCUCUAGAUAUGAUUGCCAACAUAAUUUUUUCUUGUCUCCUGUUGUUGUUAGGUGGCGUCUGGACAGCGCCUCCCUCUGAGCAAGAUUACGAGCCUGAUUAUUCUGAUGAAAUAGUGACUCCUUCUUGCGAAGUCAAGAAAUGCCAGCCUCCUAAUUGCAGCUGCUUUGGAGUUCAGCCGCAUGUUCCUGUAAAGAAACGUCCACAGUUCGUUAUGCUGACGUUUGAUGACGCCAUAACUGUUGCCAACAUUGGCACGUAUAGAAAAAUAAUAGAGAAACGGCGAAACAAAAGAGGCGGAAGAAAUAUUACAAUGACAUUCUUUGUUUGUCACGAAUAUAAUGAUUAUUCCCUUACUAAUGCUCUGUAUCAGGAAGGACAUGAAAUAGCUGUACAUUCCAUCAGCCAUGAAAGUAACACUGAUCUUUGGCGAGAUGCUACCGAAGAAAAAUGGACGAAGGAAAUGGCAGGAAUGCGGACCAUGCUUAAAACUUAUGGAGGUAUUCCUCAAGAAGAAAUUGUGGGACACAGGGCACCUUUCUUACAAACUGCUGGCAACAUCACAUUUAGAGUACUAAAGACUGAAGGUUUCUUGUAUGAUUCAUCCAUGCCUACCAGGAACUACAUGGAGCCGCCAAUUUGGCCAUAUACUCUCGAUUAUGGGUACCUUCAAGACUGCCAAAUACAACCUUGUCCAACGGAGUUCUUUGAAGGUAUUUGGAUAGUACCAAUGAUUCAGUAUCGCAGGAAAUCUAAGGAUGGUGACUUCUUUUGCUCUAUGGUAGAUGCUUGCACCCCCCAGCCGACAACAGCGAGUGACACCAAGGAGUUUCUGCUACAAAACUUUGAAAGACAUUAUAAAAACAAUAGAGCACCAUUCCCAGUAUUUCUUCAUGAAGGCUGGCUUCGGGAAGAGGGACGCCUAAAUGGAUACCUCCAGUUUUUGGAUGAAAUUUUGGAAAAUGAUGAUGUUUUUGUGGUGUCCAUACGUGAAGUAAUCGAAUAUAUGAAGAAACCCGUGACAGUGGAAGAGUAUAGAGCGCGAACGGCGAAAGGUGCUGAACCCUGUGAAAAAUCUGAAACAUGCGCUUAUAAGAAACCUUUAAGGAAUAUGAAGAGUUGUAUAUCUUGCCCUAAGUAUUAUCCUUGGGUAGGUACCCCUCUAGGCAGAAGACCACCUAAAGGCUUUCUAGAUUAUAAUUAAACUGUUCUCACUUAUUACUAUAAUGUAAUUUACUAAUAAUUGUUUGCAUUUAAUAAAUUCUGAAUUCAUUAAAAA